CCUCUUCGUUUGAUUAUUGAUAUUGAUGCAAGGCAAAAGCCUGACCCUACAAAUCCUGAAGUAUUUUCCUUAGACAAUAAAAAAAUUACACAAGAAGAUUUGUUAUCUCGAAUUUUAGUUGCUUGUGCAGAUACAUUAUAUUCCACAUUAG